CGAUUUUAUUGGAUUUUAAAUGCAAAUUCUUAAAACGUAAAAACCUUUUUGAAUGCCACAAACCAAACACCAAGGUUUGUCGAUGGGGAAGAAAGUCCAGGUUUAUUGCGGGAAAUUGAGACGUAAUUGCUAACGAUCGAAGAAUAAAAACCCUAAGAAAAAAGGGGUUUUCCUUGAAUUUUACAUGUUCCCCAAUUUCUGUUGCUGUUAAUACUGCCGAUAAAUGGAGUCGCCUGCGGCAGGAAAAUGCAUCCCUCACAAGUCAAAGAAACGAGUAUUUCCAGAGAUUUCUUCGGGCACUGAAUCCAAAGGAGACGCAUCUUCUUCACCUGUUAAUCGGACACUAAAAGUCAAGAACAAGAUGCAUAAACAAAACGAGGAUACUAUGGUAUCAAUCUUAUCGGGGACUAGUGAUGCCAUUUCAAAGAAGGUAAAGUCACAUAACAAGGAGAUCAUCAUCUCACCAACUCUUAGUGGCAUAAUUGAACUAGAUUCAGAGGACUCCGAUUCCUAUAAUGGCAAAGAUUACAUAGAUUUGUCUUCUGAUGACCAUGAUUCCGAAUAUGAGUACCCAACUUUCCAAUCUCAUUUUAAUAACAUAGAUUCUCCCACCGGAAUGGAAUCCUCCAAUCCAUGGUUUCUGGAUUCUGUCAACAUGACUUCCUCAACUGGAUUCACACACUCCACACACCCUGAACAUCCAAUGCUUUCCCCAUCAAUGGUAGUUCUACCUUCCAGGUUGGAUACGAAAGGGGUAAAAACGUCUUUUGACCCUGCUAAAGUCACAAAAAGAACAUCUGGUUCAAGUAGUUCCACUUGUCUUACUCUACGCUUACAAAAGAGUGCAAUGAAGGUUAAAUCUGUCAAAAAACGGGCCAAAACUCAGCCCCACAAAAUGUCAAUUAAUUCAAAACAAAUUACUCCUAUGGAAGAUGUGAUAUUGGAACAAGAUUCUAGAAAGAUUCAAAAGAGCUCAAAUGUGGAGGAAAAGUAUCCGAAUUUUAAGAAGUUUGAUAUUGUUGAAGACUAUUCUGAUCAUCACUAUAAAGGGGCAAAUUCGGAAACAAUGCAGUCCCCAGGAAACUGGUCUAAAAAGAUAGAAAAAGAAUGGAGGAUUCUCGAGAAGAAUUUGCCUGAUACAAUAUUCGUUAGGGUUUAUGAAUCAAGAAUGGAUCUUUUAAGAGCAGUGAUUAUAGGAGCUGAAGGAACACCAUAUCAUAAUGGUCUUUUUUUCUUUGAUGUGUUCUUCCCUAGCAACUAUCCAUAUGUUCCUCCUAAAGUUUAUUAUCAUUCUGGUGGGUUGAGAAUUAAUCCGAAUCUCUAUGAAGAAGGGAAAGUAUGCUUGAGUCUUUUGAACACGUGGAUUGAUUCAAGUGGCUCUGAUUAUGGAGAAAAUCAAUCGAUGUUAUACAAUGAAAGGACUUUGAUUUAUUCUCUUAAAACUAUGGUUUACACCAUGAAAAAUCCACCCAAGCAUUUUGAGGAUUUGGUGAUUGGGCAUUUUCGUAAUUGUGGGGUUGCGAUUUUGACAACAUGUAGAGGUUAUGUUAAUGGUGUAGGAGUUGGAUGUGGUGAAAAAAAGGGUACACGUGGAUUUGGGAAAAAUGUUGAGAAGUAUAUGGGGACACUUGUUGGGGGGUUUAAAGAAAUAGGUGUCGAGAAUUUGGACGAAUUUGUCCCUCAAACUCGAAAUCUAGCACAAAAGAUAAGGGACUUUUUUGGUAUUUAAGAGUCAUCUUUAUAAUAAUUAUGUAAGUAAUAUAACCUUAGGUUUUGGUCUAACCUAAAACAUAGGUUAUAAAGACUUUUGUAAAUAGGAAGAGACUUUUGGAAAAUGGCAAUUGAACUUUGUAGUUUUAAUGGAAAAUAAUGACUUGGUUGCAUGUGUAAAGUUCUUUACUAAAUCUCUUUUGAAUUACAUACGCACCAAAUCGUUUACAC